AUGGAAGGCAGCAAGGCAGAAGAGGUGCUGGAUAUUCUCAGACUUAAUGUGGGAGGCUGUAUUUAUACAGCCAGGCGUGAGUCCUUGUGCCGCUUUAAGGAGUCGAUGCUUGCAUCUAUGUUCAGUGGACGAUUUCCUCUAAAGGUGGAUGAAACUGGGGCUUGUCUUAUUGAUCGUGAUGGAAAUCUGUUUAAGUACCUUUUGGAUUAUCUUCAUGGGGAAGUUCAGAUUCCUAAAGAUGAGCAAACUCGAAUUGCCCUGCAGGAGGAGGCUGAUUACUUUGGCAUCCCUUAUCCUUACAGUUUAUCUGACCACUUGGCCAAUGAAAUGGAGACAUAUGCUUUAAGGUCAAAUAUAGAACUUAAAAAGGCUUUGACAGACUUUUGUGAUUCUUAUGGGUUAGCCUGUAACAAACCAACUGUUUGGGUGCUACACUAUCUCAGCACAUCUGGUGCAAGCUGUGAGAGUAGAAUUAUUGGUGUGUAUGCUACAAAAGCAGAUGGAACUGAUGCUAUUGAUAAACAGCUAGGAGGAAGAAUUCGUAGUAUUUACAAAAGAGAGGCUGGAAAUAAUGUGCAGUACAUUUGGAGAUAUUAUUCAGUAGCUGAAUUGAAGAAGAUGAUGGAUGCCUUUGAUACUUGGGAAGGUGAAGGUAUCAGCUACUGGCGUGUUCCACAGGAAUUGAUAGAAUGUUGGACUCUUGAAGAGCGACCUUUACAGGGAAAUCUUCGUCACAUGGCUCCAAUUAGAAAAAGGAGCUUGGUAGCCUUGAAUGAAGAGGAAGAGAAUGGUGUGAACUGUAAAACAGGACCUAAACCCAUUAGAUUUUUGGGUCCUUCAACAAGUACACAUAUAAAAGUCAAGAAUUCUGCUUCAGUAAAGGUGGUUACAUCUAAUACUUCAAAAACCUCUUCUCAGAUGACAAUUAAACGGCCCAAUAGUGGCAGUCAUUUAGUUCGAUGCCAUACAGGGUCAAAAAUUAUACCUGACCCUGGCAUUGCAAUAUCUGUGAAUUCACAGAUACCUUGUGGAACUGGAAGUACAGAAAAUGGUGAAACACAUACAUCCCCAGUGAAGGCUUCCCUUUCAGAAAAGAAGCCAGCCCCUACUCAAGUGAUCAAACUGAAGCGGACUCCUCUGUGUACUGUAACACCUUCUCAGCUCUCCUCACCAGGACUGAAUAAAAGAAACCACCCCGAAACCUCUUCUGCUGAAAUACCUCAUACUUCCAGUGUAUGGACUCAAAAUGUGAAAAAGGAGAAUAACUAG